AGUGGCAAGAGGAUAAAAGCAGGGAAGGCGCCUCCCGUACCGCAAGCCAGGGAUACGCAAACACAUUGAAAAGACUGAGCAGAAGAGGCCUGGCGAUUACUUCUGCAUUUCCCACCACACAGUGAUCUCAGUGAGGCUGCUGGAGCCGCCUCGAGGGGAAGCCGCUCCCUCCGCCUCCCGCUCUUCCUCCCUCUUCUCUCCUUUCGCUCUCCUCCUCUGCCGUCCCGCCUUCCCACCCGGCUCUCUCGGCCAUCCAUGAGUGGGACCAACUCUUCUGCUUACCGAUCGGAGCGCAGUUUCCACCAGACUUCAUCGUCAUCAUCCUCAUCCUCUGGUAACCCAUACAUGGAGAAGAGCCGGGGACUAUUUACUGAGGACUUUGGCUCCUUCAUGGGGCCUGGGAGCGAUGCCCUGGGAUUCCCCAGUGCAGCUGGGAACAUCAAGACUCUUGGGGACUCCUACCAGUUCACGGUCGAUGUCCGCGACUUCUCCCCUGAAGAUGUCAUUGUCACCACCUCCAACAACCAGAUUGAAGUUCGUGCAGAAAAGCUGGCCCAGGACGGCACGGUGAUGAACACGUUCACCCACAAGUGCCAGCUACCCGAGGAUGUGGACCCCACCUCGGUGACAUCAUCACUGGGCGCCGAGGGGACCCUGACGGUCCGUGCCCGCCGACACCCGACCAAACACGAGCACGUACAGACCUUCCGCACAGAGAUCAAGAUCUAGCCGGAGUCCCUACUUUCCCACCACGAGCCCCCAUCACCUCACUUCCUCUGUUUUCCAUGCUACUUCCUCGAUUUCCUGUCUUCACCGACACCACUUCACGUUCUGCACUCCAAGUGUUUGACCUUGUGCUCUAUGAAACAUGCUAUGUCUUCCUUCCGUGACUGCGGCGAUGGGUAUUUCUGGAAAUUUAUAUUCUGACACGGUUCACCAUACAAGACAGAAGCAGGCCAUGCAUACACACGACAUAGGCAACAGGCUGAGACAUGUAAGCUAUCAUAUGCACAAGGACACACAUUUCCCCCCUUCACACACACACACACACACACACA